CCGCGCUCUCGUCCUCUCGCUUUCCCCUCUCCCCGGCCUGCCCCUCACCGCCCGUCCCCGCCGGCGCCUGGCCCGCUCCCGGCGAGGCGGCGGCGGCGGCCGGGCAGCCUGCCUCAGCGAGGCGCCGCCAUGGCGCUGGAAGUGGAGGCGUCCGGGGCUCCCUUGAGCUCUUUCCUAAGGGACUUCCCGUCUCCGCUGGGCCCGGGGGAGCCGCUGCCGUGGAGCUCCGCGGGGAGCGGCGCCCUGAGCAAGGCCGAGGUGCCGGGCGCGCUGGCCGAGCGGGCGAGGAGCCUCCUGGGCGGCAGCAGAGGUGUGUCACCACUUCUUGCAGCAUCGCUGAUCCAUGCUGCAGUUGAUGAACUUCUCCGAACAGACUUGACUGAAUUUAAGCAGCAAAGUGUGGAAACAGAGGGAGAAGGAGAUGAGGAAAGGUUCACCUUGCUGGAUGGAGAGUCGUUGCAGCGCUGCUUCUUUAACAAGCUUCGGGAUGUUUGCUUUGAGUGGCAGAAGCAGUUGCCACCACUGAGACCGCUGAAGCGGUUCCUGCUCGUUUCCGUCCAUGCCAUCCGUAACACUCGACGGAAGAUGGAGGACCGCCACGUUCUGCUCCCAGAGUUCAAUCAGCUGUUUGGCUUAUCAGAUGACACUGAUCGCGCUUACUUUGCGGUAUUUGAUGGCCAUGGUGGAGUGGAUGCUGCCAAUUAUUCAGCAACCCAUUUACAUGUAAAUGUUGGGCUACAUGAAGAGAUUGUUAAGAAUCCAGCUGAGGCCUUGAAAUGCUCUUUCCAGAAGACAGAUGAAAUGUUUCUUUUCAAAGCCAAGAGAGAGAAGCUGCGGAGUGGUACAACAGGUGUAUCUGCAUUGAUUGUAGGGAACAAGCUACAUAUAGCAUGGCUAGGGGACUCGCAGGUAAUGCUUGUGCAGCAAGGAAAAGCUGUGACAUUAAUGGAACCUCACAAACCAGAAAGAGAAGAUGAGAGAGCACGCAUUGAGACUCUGGGUGGUUGUGUAACUUAUAUGGACUGCUGGCGGGUUAAUGGUACCUUGGCCGUUUCCAGAGCGAUUGGUGACAUAUGUCAGAAACCCUACAUCUCUGGUGAUGCAGAUGGAGAUUCAUUUGAGCUGACUGGUUCUGAAGAUUACUUGCUCCUAGCAUGUGAUGGAUUCUUUGACGCUAUCAAGCCAUACGAGGUUGUAGACUUGGUCCUAGAUCAUUUAAUGCAAACCAAAGGAGUGGGUCUCAAAGCAGCAGAAAGACUGGUGGCUGCUGCAAAGGAAAAUGGAUCCAGUGAUAACAUCACUGUUCUGGUGGUGUUCUUGAGGGAUCCUCAGGACAUCUUGGCAGACUGUCUCAGAGACCCUAAGAGCCUUGGGGCUGGUGAUGAUGCUCGGAGCUCACCCUUUAAUUUCCUCAGCUGUGAGGCAGCAGCCACACAGUGACAAAAUCUGCUUAAUCCAGAACGUUCAAAUAAGUUCACGUAAGGAACUGCUUUCCACUGAAGAAGCCUCUAAUAAAAUAGGCAAAAUGUGUCAGGAGAAAAAUGACAAAUGGACAAACAUUUAACAGAAAGGCAAGACUCCUUUUACUGAGUUCCCAUUUGUCCUUUCCUUCCUUUCCCCUCCCUUCAAAAAACACUGAGCAGAUGUGGAGAUUUGUACAGCUACUUUGUCUCUGGGAGCAGACUUCUAAAGUAUGUCCCAGGGCUGCUGGUCAUAUCCGUCUGCCCUGGAAGUGGUAAGAAACCAUGACAUGUAUAAGCUAAUGGGUGAGAAUACCUGUUUGUGAAUUCUGAGUGAAAAUUUAAAGUAGCGCUUAAAAAGAAUGCUGUAUGUUGUAUUUAAUUGUGAUGUUACUUUGGAGAUUGGGAGGAGAGAAGCUGUCACCAUCACAGAAAAGCUUGUCACUGUGUGUAGUCUGUAGGAACAGGCUUGGUGUGCGAGAGACUGGGUGACACCAUUAUGCUGUGUAAGUUGUUUGUGUUUUGUACCAAAGAUGAUAUUACAAGAAUGAUGUGGCCUCUUUAUUCAGACACAUUUAAUUCUGUGUGUAUGGAGAGGAGAAAAUGAAACCGAAUUCUUCAGAAAAAGAGCAAGAAACCUAACUAGAAAUAUCCCAGGCAAAACGAUACAAAAUCAGUUGCUUUCUGGGAUGCUUUGGUUUAUAAACUGGAAUCCAAUAUUUAACUGCACUGGAUUAUUUCUCCCUAACAAACACUUUAUUGGCUAUUUGGCAACCUGAAAAGAAAGGACCCUUAUUGUUGUAUUUGAGAGAGAUCUUUACAGUAUGUGUGCUCUAGCAGUUAAAUAUGCUCUGUUUCUGCCACUUUUUUGUGUACUAUAACAAAUGAGAAUUUUAUUUUUAUUCUAAGUGUUUAUUUGUUUAUUUACAGAGCUUUACAGUUGGAGGAGUUUUUUGCAGUGUUACUUUAUUUUAUGGUGGUUUUUAUUUAAAUUAGAAUUUUAAAGUGGCUGUGUCUUUAUUAUCUGGUUUUAAAAACUGACUACCCUCAAGUGCCUUAAAUAUUUCACCCAAGUAUUGCUGGCUUCCUAUCAUAUUCUGGUAAGCCAGUUUAUAGUGUUUUUAAAAUGUGACUUUUUUAUUUCAUUAAUACUAAUGUUUAAUGCACUUAAAUGUUUCAUUUUUUGUGAAUGAUUUUAGUGGGAACUAGGUUUCAAGAAAACAUCUCUUUUUCAUUGUUGCUAAAUCUUGUGGCUUGUAGUAAAAGCUUCACAAUAACUACUGUGACUUACCCCCUGGCCCAAGCAAAAAGCUCUAGUUAGUUAAUCAUAAAGUAACAAUGUAAGUCAUCAUGACUGUCAUUUAAAAACAAAUACACUUCUGACCUUCACAAGAAAAUUUAAUAACACAAACUGGAAACAGUUUAGUAACAGUUUUUGAUUAAUAGAUGGUUAAUUUGGCCAUACUUCAUGAACUUUUUGAGUCUAAAUAACUUAAUAAGGAGAUGUGAAGCUACAGUGAGGAUGAAAGAAGCUUCAUGAAUGUGUAUGUUGUUGUGUGACUGUUACUUCCAUUACAUGCUGGAGCCUCUGGUUGUGUUUUGUCUCGCCUGGCUAGCAGGACUCCACAAGAUCUGAAGGCUCAAUGGUAAAUGUGUUAGUAAUUUCUGUAUCUAAACAAGAAGUGCUUUACAUCUGGCAGCAAGAUUGUAUGCCUAAUUUAGAAGCGCAUGGCAUUGCAAUAUGUUAGUCCUGUUGAUUAAAAUGCAUUGAACAUUAACAUUGCUUAGGGAGGAAAUUUAGGUAGAAGAGUUGAGAUGGCUAAAAGGAAGAACAGAGCAGUGCUAUUUAUGUCCGUAGUGUCUCUGAAUCGUUACCUAAUGUGGGGCAAUGCAGUUACCCCAGCGACCUGAGAUUUUUGCUGAAUUACUAUGGAAAAUCGCAUGGUUUAACAGAAACUCCUCAGUGAGCUACCAUCUCAUUACAUAGCAACUCAGACAGCGACUUCGUUGUUUUGCUAUGCAACAAGAGCUUUUCCUCUGAGAAGCUUGUAAGCACUUUUCCAUCCAACAUUUUGCUGUCCUAAAAUAUGUGGGGAAGGCUUUCUGUGAUGGCAGCCUGGUAGAGUAGGUGGUAAUUUUUGUAGUGAACCUGCUUCAGUUAAGGAAGCUCUUGUGGGUCCGAUGUGCCAGGCCAUCGGAUCCACACAGUCCAAUAAACCCUAUUGUCCUUUAGACUAGCGUAGUAAUUCCUUUGUAUUUACCAUCUCCUAUCUCUUUGAUUUCUAACACAGUUAUUCAGUGUCAUGCUAAAUUCUGAUGACCACUAGUGCCUCUUGUUGUCUUGGAAAUAGUUCUCAUAACUAAUGUAGUAAGAAUCAUACAGAAGUGUUUGAUUUCACUGCUAUCUGAAGUUUAUCAGGAGAAGGAGAAGCUAUUGUAUUCAUGAAGGGAGGUGUGAAAUGUUGGUAAGUUCAUAGUACGGUUUAGUUUCUGAAAUUUGCCAAAUUUCCUGAAACAUGAUGUGAACUGAACAAGCCAAAUUCUUUGUAAAUAAUCCUUUUAUUUCAGUCUUCUUGGGGCAGAUUUGCAUUACUGAGGAAACAAAGUUUUAAGUCUUUCAACGGAUACCUACAGCUAUGGUAGAAUAUCCUUUUUUGUUUUGAAUUUGGUAAUUUCUUUUUUUUUAUGGGACCUAAGUGAAAUGGGCCUUUAGAAAGCUGUCUGUGGUAAUAAAAAAAAUUAAUUCUCAAGCUAUGCUCUAGGGAAGAAAUUCUGCAUUCUGAGAAGCUGUUCCCUUGUAUAUAUGUUUUCAUUCUGAAUGGCCUAGUGCUUCAUUUCUUUGAGAUGUAAGUGGAUAGCAGUGGUCUUUGGGAACUCAUAUAGAUUUCAGUGGGGAUAAAAAAUAUAUCUUUAAUUUUAAGAGACUUCUUACUAGCUUUAAAAAGUCUGGUCAGGUCUAAAGGAGUUGUAACUGGUUCAAAAAUGGCAGUUCGUGUCUGAACAGUGGAAUAAACAAGUCUUACUAUGUCAUCUCCGGUAAAAUUCCAAAUACUAUUUGGGGGGAAAAUUGGUUUUGGAGAUGUCUUAUCUAUUCUUGACAGCCUGAUGAAAACCUAUGGAAACUUUUUUUUUUAACUGAAAACCCAACAUUUCAAUUUGAUGUUAAAUCAGUAAUGAAAGUAUGACACAGGAUGCAAGUAUGGAUUUUGGAAGUGCACUUUUAAAAUUCUAUUUAAAGUGGUCAUCAGGAUGGCCUUAUCCUUAUGAUGGUAAGGCAACCUCCAAUUUUUGUUUCACUUGUGACCUUGAUACCACUUUUAAAAGCUGCCAGCUAUAAUGCGUAAUACCGUUACAAGAAGUGUCACUAGUAUGGGUGGUAAGGAGAGGGGAAGGAGUUCUAGCAGAAGGUAUGAAGUUGACUUAAAUAGUCCAAAAUAUGAAAUGGUGCUAUGUUUUGAAUUUACAGUACUAAUCUGCUACAUGAGCUUUUCUUAUCUUUCCUCUUAAAACAUCUGUGGAUUUCUGGUGGUGUUGGCUGUUCUGUUUUCCUUCCCUCCUUUGGUUAAAAAUAGUAUGUAGUUUUGGUGAGAGAUUGUUCUCACCUCUUUGGGCCUUCCUGGUGUCAUCUACAAUAUACUUACACUUGUCCACCAAUGUCAGAUCAGCUAAUGACAAAUUGACUAGUUUGCCUGUUCCUUCUUGUCUUUCUGAUGGGCCUGCCACAAAAACAAUUCUUGAGUCUAGCCAAAAUGUUUGAAGCUGUAGAAGUUAGCUGAAGUGUUCAAUGAAAAAUGAAAGUAUUUUCAUAUUUUACUAGACUCCAAAUGAAUGUCUGCUGCUGCAUAUUGGCACCCAGCAUCAGAAAAAUAGCUCCUUAAAGGAGCCUGCAUUUUUAAAACAGAGCAUGCUUAAAUUCUUUAAAACUAGCUUUAAUCAUUCUGCUUAAUGGGUAUCCAACAUCUCUUUUACUUGUGGGUAAUUCAUACUAUUACCUUUCUAUCCCUUCCCUACCCUGCCCUCUCCUACAAAGAAACAUACCUAGGGACAGUGAAGACUUCUGGGUCUGACAUAAACAAGAUUACAAAUUUACAAAUUAUGUUUGGGAGGUUGGUUUGGAUUAUUUUCUGAGAAUGCAGAGGACAGAAAUGCAGGAAAUUUUUUAGAACAGAGUACAGAACAGAUUUUAAGUAAAAUCCACCCUCUGAGUGAUGGAGGAGUGAAAGAGAGACAGGAAUGCAUUUAAGUAUUAUUAAUGCCUAUUUUAAAAAGGAAGUGGGCUGGAAAAUAGAGCUACAAAUGUCACUGCUUCAAAGAAUUAGAAACACACCCAUUAAAAAGGCGAACUUACAUGUGGUAACUGUCUUCAAACAACCAAGGAAGGAAUCACAAUAAAAGCAUCCGAGGUGACUUACUGUGACCCCUCAACACUGUUUUGGAAGCUAAUACUACCACAAUGGAUUUUUCUAAACAUCCUUAUGUGUAAGAUAGUGCUAAGAGGGAGCAUUCAGUAUAUGCAGUUACUGGUCACUGUGCAACUGCUACCAUGAGUAAAUGCCAUGAAGUGUGUUAAUGAAUCGAUACGGCUGGUGAGCUCUCAUAAGAUGAGUAAUUGGGCACGGAGUGGUUACAGCAGAGUUGGCAGUUGAAUAGUGUUAAUCACAGUGAUGACUUUAAUAGCAUUUAAUAGACACUUAUCUGAAUUCAAAGUCAGAUGGUAUACUGCUCUUUUAAAAAGCAUUUCCAGUGCUAUUAGCUCUCUGUCAUGAAAAGCCAGUAAAAUUUCCAUUUUUUUGUUGGAUGUUGGGAAUAGUGCUUCUCUUGCUUUCUGAAUUCUGGAGAUAAGUUGGCUGUCGGCAGUGGAAAACCCAUUUUCAGUUCAUAGCUUAAAGCAGCUGUUUGGGGUUGAAACUUCCCUCCCAGACAAUCCUUUAAAAAAUAACAAAAAGGUGCUUCCAAACAAGUGGCUGAGGAACGUAGGUAUUUCUAAUUGGCAUUGCACAAAAGGUAACCAGCAAAUGCCCUUAAUCUCUAAAGGGCAUAGACAGUUAAGCUGCUUAAAGUCUAAAUUAAGAUUGCAGCUCCACUCUCUGUGUAAAUGAGACUCUGGUUAAAUUACUUGUAUUCUUGUGGAUGCAGGUACUUAAUGCACAGCACCAGACAUGGUCUAUUUCUGUUCUUAUAGUACUGAAGUAUCAAGCAAAUGCUUUAGGGAGAAGGUGGGGGGAUGUUAGCCACAACAGAGCAGUUUGUAGAUGAUUCAUAUAUAAUUUAGCUCUAGUUAAGCCUGAAUUAAAUUUCCCUGCUUAGUUCUAUUACUGUCCCUUUUGCAAUUGGGCCUGUGCCAUCAGACAAAAUCCUACUCGGAAAUAAUGGUCCAUUCCCCAUUUUUGAGGAGCAAACAACUCCUGAUGGACAAAAUGUCAUUCAGGAAGGGUUGGAGAGUGAGAAAAAAUGAGCUUUCAAAUAAGUGCAAAGCUUCCUGAUCUAUGCUACGUUAUUUAUUCUCUCUAAACACAUUUAUAGCAGGUCUGAUUGCAUUUGAAUAGUUGUGCUAGAAAGCAAUGGGUUUUCUGCCAAGCUAGUCAUAACCUUUAAAACUGACAGCACCAAAACCAAGAGGCUAGUGCUCCCCACUUUCCUAAAUCGAGCCACUAAACCAGCCAGUCCUGUUGAGUAUUUGUUUUGCAGUGUUGACAGCUCUAACAGCUAAGCUAGCCACUUUCUGCGUAUGCUUUGGUUGUUUUGAAUAUAUUUAUUUGAUUUUACUUUACCUAAAGUUAUUUCUAUCGAUAUCAGUCAUGUCAGCUUAAAAGUAAUCAAAUGGAGACAUGAGGGAGUGACUGGAUCUGAACACCUAUCUGUCACAGACACUUUUAAAAUAUUACCUUAAAAUGAACUGGUAGGCUCUUGUGAUAACCUUAUCUCUGAAUAGAACAGGAAACCAAAAUCUUACAGAGAAUCACUUAAACCUUUAUUUUGGUGUGACCCAUCAGAGCCUGAACACUCACAAGCCUUCCCUACAAGCUGUUCAAUGUUGCUAGUUUAAUGUGUUUUCCAAGCUGUGCAUGCUGCUGCUGGUGCACACAAAAAUAAACAAAAGACAGCUGUGUUGGCAGCAUAGAAAAUUUAGCAAGAUGCAUCUUUUGUCAAACAGAAGAGGACAAAAUCAAUAGGAAAAGAAAUGUUUUCAAGCUUCUUGGAAUGCAAACAAUGGAGUAAAAAAAAGCAACCUAGAAGAGCUGGCAGUGUACUGUCAGCUUAAAACCACUGUUUUAAGCAAAUUCAUUUGGCUGCUUUGUAAUGUUUGCUUUAUUUUGUUAACAAACUCCUCUCAGACAGGGUUUCGCGUCUUGUUGCUGAUAAGUGCUUUCUAUGUGAAGAGAGAAGAUAUAUUUAACUUUGUAAGGAGCUGAAUGUAUCUGGGCUUUAUGACUAGUUAGAUUAUGAUUAUUGAAUUUUCUCUCAACUAUUAAGCCUGAUUACUAAUUUCCAGGAGAAAUUAAUAUAGCAAGUACUGAACUUAUUAACGAUUAAAUGGUUCUGGAUUUCCAUGCACAAGAACUUCAUCAGUCUCUCCUGAUCUAGCAGAUCACUUCUUGAAGUUUAUUAUCAUUUGUGUGGCAAUACAUUAGGCAUGUGGAAGGUUUGUUGCUUUGGCAAGUGGAGCUGGAAGGUGUGACCAUCAGUCCCUGCAGGAAGUAUUUAUCUUUUUAUCUAAGGAAUGAUGGUUUCUUUAUUUAAGGAUAAAGAGAUAAUAACUAGGAAACUAGAGAGAUCCUAUGAGGACCUUCUCAGGGCAAUUAAAUACUAUGACUUCCUCUCUUUCAUGUUGCCAUUUCUAACUUUGUUAAAGGGUAUUUUGCUUAAUACUGGAUGAUUAAAGCUGCUUUCCUUUUUUUUUUUCCUGUCAGUGUGUUUAGUAAUGGUGAGAUGUUUGUUUUGUUGGGGGUUAAAACUUUAUACUGGCAAAAAAAAAGCCACUAAAAAGUACUUAAGUUAAAAGUACUUGAAGUUAAAACUUUAAACUACUUUAACUACUUUUAACUUUCUCUUCUGAAAGUCAGUCCUGCUCUGUCUCCUCCUUACUCUCUUCCCAAUUUUCUUUUUCUUCUAUCUUUUAUGUCCUUUUACUGUGUCAGCCCCCCCUCCCCAAAAUGCUGCUUCUUAGACUGUAAACUCCAUUGGCUGUUAAGUCAGUUUAGUUGCCACUUUAUAAUUUUAAUUUCACCUGUGUUCAUAGUGAAUGUGGUCCAAUCUUUGAAGGCCUGCAACACCAAGAGUGUAGAAAGUACUAUGUCAGCUAGGAAGACAAGAUAGUACAACUGCUGUGUCUUUGGCAUUGACCGAUAUUGGAUGUGUAAGAAGAAAAUCCUGUUAUUUGCGUGUUAUUCCAUAAGAAUACUUAAGCUUAUUUCAGGUAACAGUAGCUCUCAUCCUGAAUACCUGACUUUAGAAAUGUUCUUGUUUCUGCAUUUGUGUUUUCAAACAUUUGCACUGUUUAGAGUGGGGAAAAAAGCUUUCUAACUUUCUUCACCUCUUCAGUUCUCUCAACAGACAGGUUGGUAACUGCAGCAUACUACGUGGCUAAUCAACCUCUCAGUGUAAUUCUUCAGUGUCUGCUCUGUACGAUAACUUCAAUCCUGUGCUUAUUUAGUGGUAAGUUAGACCUCUGUAACUAUUCCUGCUGACUUAAAAAUAUGUGUUCUUAUCAGUAUUAAAAUAGUACAAGAGCAGAACUGUUGCUUUAGGCACAUUUCUUGCCACUGUGUUGGCUAAUGAACCUUGAAUGAAAGUAAGAAGGCCAGUGACUUUAAAAUAGAAGUUGUUAGCCAAGUGUUGUAGAAUCAUAGUCCUUAUUUAUUUUGUAUGCUAAUCUGCACUUGUGACCCUGAGCAGAAAAACUGCAGUGCAGCAGGUUUUAUAAGCUGUGGCUUAACCAGUUAUCUAGUAUCUUAAAACUCUUAUUUAAGCUGACUGGUUUUGUGCACAGAUCAGAAACCUAUUGUCAUUGACCGUUAAAUGCUAUGCAUAUUUUACAUUCAUUUACAUGGAUUGUUCUAAUAGUGCUUGUGUGUGUUAUGCUACAUUACCAUAUUUUUAUAUAUAUAUAAAUGUAUGUAUGUAUUGCAUGAGGUUUAAUUAUUGGGGUUUUUUUGUAUUGUCACUUUUGUAUUCACACGGUGCCUCAUGUAUCUAUUUGCAUAUUGCAAGAACUUGUUUCAAAGCAGUGAUUGGAAACAGGUGGGGAUAACUCUCCACUGUAGGAUCUGAUGUUUCUGAAGUAUUAAUAAAGUAUAGUGAUUCAAA